AUGGAAUAUCGGUUUUUUUACUCAAUUAAUGAAGAUAUAAUGAAUACAAAAUGGAAAACAAGAUCUAAUCUCGAAAAUCGAACAGAUAUUUAUUUUAUUAUACCUGCAACAGUAAAUAAUUCUGAUGAUUUUCAUUUUGAACAUGGUCUUAAAUUACGAAAUAAAAAAACACUUGAACUAAAAAUACGUGAAAAACGUUUUUCUAAUGGACAAGAAUAUUGGUUAAAAACAAUUCAUUCAAAUAAAAGGCUUAAUAUUAAUGAUAUGCAUUCAAUUCUAAAAGUUUUAAAAACAUCAAAUGAAAAUAAACUUAUUGAACGAUUAACAUCAUCUGAACCAAUUAUUUUAUGUUAUGCAAGUAAAUUUCGUGAACAAACAAAAACAAUCGAUAAUCUUACACAUGAGUUAACUUGUUUACAUUUAAAAUUUAUUCGAUCUAAUGAUCAAUCUCAAAUAGGUAAUGAUUUAUUUUUUGAAACAGUUUGUAUUGAAAGGCCAAAUUCAAAAUUGAUCGAUGAAAAAAUAAUUGAAAAAUUAUGUCAAGAAUAUAAAACUAUUUCAAUUAAUCCAAUAGGUUAUCCAGAAUUUUUAUUCCAACAAUAUCAACAAAUAAUUAAUCAAUAA